AUGCUGACACUGCUCUCAAAGUUGCCAACUGGAAAGUUUGUUCCUCCGGCUGCUUCAGGCAAAGGAAGUUUGGGGACCCCUCGGGUGCUGGGGCUUUGUUCCCUUCAUUCCAUUCUCGGGCUCUGCAGGGCGAGGGCCUGUGGCUGCAGUUUUUGAACCUUUCCUCAGCACAGAAACCAGCUGCUCGGGGGGCCCCAGAGAGAACAAAUCACCAGUGAAGAUGUGGAAGGUGCCGGUGUUGCUCUUGGUUUGGGGAAGCACUUCCCUCUGGGUCCUGGCAGAAGGAGCCAGCACAGUUCGGCCAGAAGAUGACAUGACUACACGUAUGGAGGGUAACACAGGGAACCCAGGUAUAGAAGAUGACGUGGUGACUACAGGUGCCAGUGAAGAGCCCCAUGAAUCUGGUGGCUUGACAACUCUGGUGCCAGCAAGUACAGAGAGUAAACCAGACAUUCACAUAGAGGAUCUGCCGACGGCAGAAAGCACAGUCCGUGACAAAGAAGACAGCCAGCGGAGCACCACGACACCCCAUGCGGUGGCUAGUCACUCACCGGGUAGGAAAACCAGUCCUCCUGAGAGGCAUUGAUCUUAUUCCAGAAAUCCCUGAACAAAUA